AUGAAGAAUCGCAGAAGCGCUAAGAAAGAAGGAUACGAUGAAUUGGUUAGUGAUGAAUUUCCCCGUGCAUUAGAGAGGUUUAACAGAUUGGGUUACGCCAAUUGUAGUGAUAGAAGUGGCGAGGAUGAUGGCUAUACGAGCCAAGAAAGUGGCGGUGCAUCUCGCUGCUCAAAAUCAUUUGCAAUAGGAAGCUCGGCUAGCCAAGGUGAUCAAAAGGAGAAUGGAGGAGAGAAAGAUAGGAUAGCACCUAGGAGUGGUUUGCAAUUCAAAGUGGGUCCACCUUUUAUGAGCACAAAGAUUGAGACUGACUUAUUUAAUUCCAGUGAUACCUCAAUAAUUCCAAAGAUCAAGUCAAGAAUCGACAGAGGCUUUGAGCUUAAUCCACAAGGAGAAUGGAUUGGAUACAAGAGAAAUUAUUUCACUCUAGUUACAGCGUUCGGAUUUUCUAACUUAACUCGAGAACAAACGAUUCACGACAGGUUUCACAUCUUAGAUGGUUCAGGUAACAGAAUUAAUAUUAAUUUCUUUGCACUACGCAUCAUAUCCAGAUGUUGUGAAGAUAAUGCCACUGUGAGCUUGGUUCAGCAUACAGCGAAAAGAGAUAAAGGCCCUCAAAUUCUGCCCCCAAUCUAUCCGGCACUACCUGGAUCUUUGCCAAGCCAUGAUAUCAUCAAAAAGACGGCAAAUAUCAGAAAUAAUGAAAAAAUUGAAAAUUUGAAUAGAAUGUUUUUCCUUGAUGUGUCUGAGGAUGAUUUUCCUGGUUCGAUGUUAGAUACUUAUCCACCUGGUCCCAUCUCCAUUGCCGCUCGUUAUGAAAGGAUUCAAUUCUCAACAGCAAUUAAUUGCAGAAAAUAUUCUACAGUUAAUAGGCAUUUCGUUUUGGGAGUUCAGUUACUCGGAUUUAUCGAGGAUGAUCAAAGUGUGGUGCUUGCACAUUCUUCCACCCCUCCUUUAAUUGUGAGAGGCAGGUCACCAUCCAAUUACCAAGUAGAUUCAAAGAGAAAAGAAGCGAAAGCAAAAGUGGAUUAUGAGUAUUUGAGUAUGUUCAAAUCAAAAUCUGGGGAGUAUAGCGAGCCCAGAGUAGAUAAGAGUGAAAUGGAACCGCCUAUGGGCAUCUCACAUUCAUACAGAAGGGGAGACAGCGGUCUAAAACAAUACUACUACGAUUCCGAAGACGAAAAUAUUAGUGACAUAAAUUUUCCGAUAUCGUCAUCGAUUUUGCCUCCAAUAGAAGAUUACCUCAACACUCUCAAGGGAAAUUACUCACUUCAGGUACUACCAUCUAGAUCAAAGCUGAAAUAUACGAAUAACUUAUCGUUGGAUGAGAAUGAGGAUCUCAACUACUCUUUGGGAAAUCACGUUCCAAGAGAUUUGAAUUUUCUCGAGAAUGACGAAAUAACUAAGGAAUACUUAGAAGAACCUAAGCUAACUACAAUUGAUUCGAACCGCAAAAGAACUAAACACAAUGACAAACACGUAUCAAAAAAAGCAAGCAGCACAAAGAGAAAACCCUUUAAUGAGUACUAUAUUGACGAUGCAUUUAAACUGGAUUUCCCAAUUAAAGAAGAAUUUGAGGAUGAAUACGAAAAACAAAAAGAAGGAAAGGGAGAAGGAGAAGAGGAAGAAGAUGACGACGACGACGAAGACGAAGAAUGCCUACGAUUUCAACGAGAACUUGAAGAAUGCAAGUAUAAGUAUGUCAAUUGA